UCAAGAUUAUCUGGAAAAUGAUCUACAAAUGAACACAGGAAUUGCAACAUGAGUAGAGAAAGCAGCAGCAAAGACUUAUCCCACACCUACUACUGAACUCAACUGUCACAUGAUAAAGUAUUGCCAAAUUUUUCCUGGUCAUUGUGCUAUUGCUCCUAAAGAUAUGUUCUAUAACCCAACACUAGAUACCACAAGAUGUCAUCAAUACAAAAAAUGUUCAAAUUAGAAUGGUUUUUCAAUAUCAGAGGAAUUAUACUUUGGAACUCUUCCCCAGAAUGUUGUAUUAGCCAGAAUAGUAUCUGUUUCAAGAUAUUUAUCCUUAUUCAUCUUUGUUUUAUUUGAGAACCAAUGACAGUUUCCUUGGUCAGAAGGUCUUCUUGCCUUCCUUUCUCCUCUAAGGUCUUAAUUCUCCACAUCCACGCUUCCUUCAGGAGCAUCUCUCAUUCUGAGUCUGGUAUUCGUUGGUACAUUGUAAAUAAGGACGUUAAUAUAAUAGAGGCAAGAGAAUGGUAAAAAUUAAUGUUUAUUUCUAAGUUUUUGUUUUUUUUCUUCUCAGUCCAACCAAUAAAUGGGUUAAUGGUUGAAGAUAGGUACAUGAACCCAUUUUUGCGCUUAUAGUAUCAAACAAUCUAAUUUUUUUCCAUAUUGAAUUGUUAUUAUAUAUUAUUAUUAAUAAUGUUGGGUAUUCAUAAAAAAAAAUUGAUGUCCUAAGCCAAUGUCAGGCUUAGGAGGUGAACGAGGAUUUGAUAAAAUAUACCAACUUUUAAUAAUUAUACAUUAUUCAUCCCAUGUUGAGCGAGAAGCUAGCAGAUUCCACCCUUGAUAUAUUGUUUAUAAUACAAAAUAAUCAAGUCAAGUGAUAACUGAGGAUAAAAUGUGAGACCUCCCGAGGGCGAGUCGGUACCAACAGCAGCAGAGCGAGGGAGCGGGCGAGAGUAAUGGUCGCCUUAUUUGUUGUGGUCUGCACUUCUUGGCCUCUUCCUCUCAUCUUUACAUUGCUUGCCUCUGUUCCCGGACAUGUCAUGUGAUGGGUGAUGUUGGUGAGUUGGGCAAGGAGGUGGAGGAGGAGGAGGUGGAGGAACUCGAGAGAGAGGAGAAAGAGAGAGCCAGGGAGUGAUGCUGCUAAGACCUUCACUGUCUAUCCAGAGGGAUCCACAGGUGCUGGUGGUGGAAUCUUGCUUGGACAGUGUGGAUGGCAAGCAGUCAGGGUUCCAGUCAAAGGUGGUGGUGAUCCAUGCCCAGGACACCAGGGAGGAUGCACUGCAGCUUGCAUCUCAGCUGAGGAAUCCCAUGGAGGGCAACAGAUUGUAUGUGUUGCUUCUGCAAGAGUCUAAGAAGAACACACAAGUUAAGAGCAGCCUGAGGUGUGAUCCAUGGAACAGCAUCCACAAGUGGUUCAUCAAGGUUGAUGCUGUGCUGCCGGUACUGUCGCCUCAGCUUCUGCGUCAGAUUCAGAACAGAGACUUCAGCAGAGAGAGUGAGUGGGAGAAACGCUACAACCGCUUUGCCCACUCGAUGAUGCUAGACCAGCAUGUGGAGUACGGGAGCAAGAAUGGGUUCUGCCGUGCCGUUUGUCCUGCCAGAUUCCCGGAGGAGACCAGCAGCAGCAGCAGCAGCAGCAGCAGCAGCAGCAGCAGCAGCACACAAGAGGUGUUUUCUGUAUGAUGAUGAUAAUGGAAAAAAGCAUGUUAUAAGCAGGGCAACGUAAUGAAAUUCAGUGAAUGGACGUGUGUGCGUGGCUGCAAUCACUAUGAAAUUAAGUUGAAAAUAAGAAAUAUAUUACUUUACAGAAAGGAAUGCUUAGAGUGAAUGAAAUUACUGUAAUGAAUGAAUGGAAAUAAAGUUGUGAGUCAUUAAAUGAUUAGGAAAAGAAGCUGUGAAUAGGUGCAUUAUUGUUAUUACUGAAAGGAAGAAUAUUUGUAGGAUAUGUCAUGUAUAUUAUCAAAGUGUUUUCAUUCUUACUUUCUUCUUUCUCUUUCAUCUUUUCUUAGUAUAUUUAAGUGAAUCUCUCUCUCUCUCUCUCUCUCUCUCUCUCUCUCUCUCUCUCUCUCUCUCUCUCUCUCUCUCUCUCUCUCUCUCUCUCUC